AUGUACGACCUUCCGACGACGAUGCCUGCCGACGUGGUGGGGACGCUCGAUCAGGUUCCCGACCUUGCCGCUUACUUCCCUUCCAAGACCAAGGGCAAGCACCAGACGAUGCCUGCACAGCCCGCAUCGGCCGAUGGUCCGGCCGGGGCGGACGCUCCACCCACGCCACCUGCGCUCGAUCGCCAAGUCGCACAACAGUGUCGAGGAGGCCGCCCAAGUCGGACGCUCUCACGAUCGCGGCGGCACAAGCUGCUGCUGGUGGCGCACCGGACCCGUGUGGCGGUUGCGCUCGACGACGCAGCGUAUGUGCCGACGCGGCAUCCUGUCGCCGUCUCGCCCAGCGCGUCACUCAUGCUGACGCGUGCCACGCCGUGUGCCGCGUCGCAGAUCACCUGCGCCCCGCACCUUGCCCUCCGCAAGAUCGCCACUCUCAACGCCGCGUUGCCCACCCUUCUCACUGACGUCAAUGGGUGGCGCAAGGCCAUGGACUCGCGGGUCCACCGCGCCGGUGUGGCCUGUCCUGUCCACGUCGAGACUCUCGCCGCCGCGCCGGAUCUGCUCUCACUACCGGACCACAUGCUCGCAGAGUUUCUGGUUGCGCUCCCGCGUGCAUCGUUCAAUGCGCUUGCCUACGUGUACAACCCUAACCCUCCCAAGCUUCCUCUCUACAAGUAUGUGGUGGCCGGAGGCGGCGCAGGCAUUGCCGAGAUCCUGGUGAUGUAUCCGCUGGACGUGGUCAAGACCCGGCUCCAGCUGCAGGUCUCCAAGGCCGGAUCCGAGGUGGCGUACUCGGGCGUGGUCGACUGCCUCACCAAGAUCGUCCGCGCCGAGGGCCCCCUGGCGCUCUACCGCGGCAUCGCCUCGCCGAUUCUGGCCGAGGCUCCGAAGCGGGCGUGGAAGUUUGCGUCGAACGAGCAGUUCAAGCAGGCGUUCAAGGGCAUCAUGCCCGCACCCAUCAUCCCGGCCCUGGCUGGCGCCUCGGCUGGCCUCACGGAGGCCGGCAUCAACGCGCCGUUUGAGCUCGUCAAGGUCCGCCUGCAAGCCAAGGGCUCGGCGUACACGUCGACGCUCAAUGCGGCGACGUCGAUUCUCCGCCACGAGGGCGUGGGUGCGCUCUACCGCGGUGCUUCGGCCCAGGCCGCGCGUAAUGCGGUGUGGAACGGCGUGUACUUUGCCCUCAUCUUUGAGCUCAAGGCCGCGUUCCCCGACCCGACGUCCAAGUCGGAGGAGCUCCUCCGCAACAUGGCUGCCGGUACCAUCGGUGGAACUUCGCGCAUGAACAACAUGCCCAAGGGCGAGCCGCUCCCCUCCAUCACCGCCUGCCUCCGCGACAUCUACCUUCACGAGGGUGGUGCCCGCGCCAUGUGGAAGGGCCUCACUCCGCGCCUGCUGCGUCUUGGUCCGGGCGGCGGCAUCAUGCUCGUCGCCUUUGACUACAUCGCCUCGCUCCUUGGCUAG